GGUCUGGACCUCUGUGGGUUUCAAGCGCUUCUGUAACACUGCAGCCAACAUAUUACCUUACCCAUGCUGGGAGGAUGCUGGUGAGAGAGCUGGCAGUGUUAAACACACAGAUUUUCACGAUGGAGCAGCCUAUUUUCAUCUGUUUCACUCCAGCUAGGAGGAUGGUAUGGGAGGAACUGUCUUCUCAAAAUGAACAGUAUGUGGAUGAGGAGGUUGGGCAGUGGCCCUGUCUGGCUAUAAUCCCUUGGUCUGGACCCUUGUAUGUUCCUGUCUCUCCCAAACCAGUCUACUAUCUCACCCGUGCUGGGAGAAUUCUGGUGAGAGAGCUGGCAGUGUUAAACACACAGACUUCCAAAUUGGUUACUGAGGAGCCUACCUUUCACCUCACUGAAGCGGGGAGGCUAGUGCUUGACGAACUGUCAGCACCUUUAGAUAGCCAUUCACAGCCAAAUAGUGAAGACUCUCGUUUUCCCUAUGAGAAGUUGCAGCUGGUUGGGAACUGGGGUUCGUUUCAUUUCCAUUACUGGAAGAUCCAUUAUGGACGAGUGCAGCAAAAUGAAGAGGACUUGCAUCACCUGUGCAUUGUGAGGGGAGUGGAGAAACAGCUGUGGUGGAGCAGAGUCAUUCAGGAAAAAAUCCUGGACCCAUGGGGUCUUGUCCAGGUGGUCCUCACCAACAAGGAGCUGACUGGUAUUAAGUUCCUUGGUAGAAGGAUCUAUGGACUCAAGUCCUGCCUUGUCAAGAGGAGGUCUGAGUUCACCUAUUAUGAGGAUGCCCAGCAGGUGGAUAUCUCCACCACAGUGGAGGGGUUCCAGGAGAGGGGGAUGAGAUGA